AUGAAGGUAACUUUCGCUCUCGUUCUGCUCUCGCAGGCGUUAUCUCUCGUUAGCGGAACUCGCUGCAAUGCCGACAACUGCGCCAGACAAGUUACAGGUGAUAGGUAUGCCGGUUACCUACAGAAUCAACGGAGAACCGACUGCACCAAGUACCUAGUGAAGACCACUUACAGAGGUAUCUCAACCAAGUGGGUGACAAGGACAAUCAAAAAAGUCGCCACAAAGACCGUCAAGAAAACCGUUACAAAGACUGUUGGGAAAGUCGCCACAAAGACCGUUGGGAAAGUUGUUACCAAGAUUGUUCCAAAGGUUGUGACAUCGUACACAACCAGGACAGUUAGAAUCACAAGCGGUACUACUACUAUCACUGUCACGCCCCCAGUAGCUUCGGUUACCAAGCGAGAUCUGGGUCUCGAGAAAGAGCAUGAGAAUAUGGAUAUGCUUGAGACUCGCAGUGAGCAUGAAAAUAUGGAUAUCCUUGAGGCUCGCGGGUAUAAUUACCCUCCUAAGGUUCAAUCAGGAGUCGUAAAGAACUGUGUCGGCUGGAGAUACGUCCAAGGCAACGACAAUUGCGACAACAUCGUCAAGAGGUUUUCUAAGGCACCUAUUGCCCUUACCAAAGCCAACCUGCUUAAGUGGAAUCCAGCUUUGAAGAAUGGAUCUGGUCUUAGGAAGGGGUACUGGGUCUGUGUCCGCAUUGACAACAUGCCAUCAUACAUCAGCGCUUGUGAUGCUCAGCGGUACACAUCUGCAUGCUCAUGCUGGGGUAUCAAACCCGGCACUAAGACCAUCUGCAGCAAGACCACCACCAAAACCGCCACUAGGACUUCAACUUCAACAGCUACUCGGACAUCCACCUUGACCAAAACCAAAACCACGACAGGUACCGUAACUAAGACUUCAACUUCCACCAGAGUAGUCACCUCGACGUCAACCAAGGUUAUCGUCGUAGACAAGACCUCCGUUAUUCCUGCCUCUACUGCAACUGUUACCUCUCUGCCAGAUGGACACAUUGUCUGUGGGGGCCAGGCUGUCAACCCUUUUAAUAAUGAUAACCACUGCGGGAAAUGUAAUGUUGCAUGCAGCACUUACUGUCAAGCCGGUGCCUGUGCGGGCUGCACUGCAACUACUUCAAUUUGCGAGGAUGGCGGUGGUCAUCUCUGCGGUGACGACUCUACCUGUAUCUGUACCUUGAACAUCGAAGGUCAACGCACCUGUGCUGUCUCUUCCAACUGCGAAGGCGACGUCUGCUCAAAGUCUUCCGAUUGUCAGAGCGGCUGGACAUGCGUUCCUGGAACUUGCUGCGGUGAUGAGCCAGUUUGUAUGAGAGCACCAAGCGGUUGUCCUAACGGUCAAAACAUCAAGAGAAUUUUCAAGCGCGAGCCAUUGCCAAGUGGAACAAUCAGCAAGCGAAGAAUUCUAGUUCCAGAAUUCGAUCUAUCGUGGAAGUUGGCCAGGAUGAAGAACAAGGUUUAA